ACAACAAGCUAUACAUAUCUCUCAUAUAGCUUUUGUUAAAUCUCUUCAUCUUUCAAUUCCCCUCUUUAACCCUAGCUAACUAAUUCAUACACAACAACAAGAAACUAACUCAAGAAAAUGGAAGGAAAAGGUUCUUCUUCUUUUGAGAGAGCCAAACCAUACAUAGCUAUGAUUUGUUUGCAAUUCGGUUACGCCGGCAUGAACAUCAUAAGCAAGGUUUCCCUAAAUCGAGGAAUGAGCCACUAUGUUCUCGUUGUCUAUAGACACGCCUUUGCAACCUUAGUUAUCGCCCCUUUCGCUAUUGUUCUCGAGAGGAAGGUUCGCCCCAAGAUCACUUUCACCAUUUUCAUGCAAAUGUUUGCCUUGGGAAUUCUAGGGCCAGUGAUUGAUCAAAAUUUCUACUAUGCCGGAUUGAAAUACACCUCCCCAACUUUUUCGUGCGCCAUUAGUAACAUGCUUCCGGCGAUGACCUUUGUCAUGGCCGUCAUAUGCAGGAUGGAGAAGAUAAACAUUAAGAAAGUGAUAAGCCAAGCUAAGGUGGCUGGAACAGUACUGACGGUUGCAGGGGCAAUGUUAAUGACAUUUUACAAAGGACAUGUCAUCAACUUGAUCUGGUCGGAAAACAGAACAAUUGAGGCGACCUCUGCUGCCGUGGCUGCAGCCGCCGACAAGGAUUGGGUGAAGGGUUCUGUCAUUCUAAUUCUAGCUACUCUUGCUUGGGCUGCUUUCUUCAUUCUUCAGGCGAUCACUAUGAGAAAAUACACUGCUCAGCUUUCUCUCACGGCCAUGGUGGUUUUCCUUGGUACUCUGCAAUCAAUCGCUGUUACUUUGGUCAUGGAACAUAAACCCUCCGCUUGGGCUAUCGGAUUCGACAUGAAUCUUCUCGCCGCAGCCUAUGCUGGUAUUGUGUCAUCAAGCAUUGCUUAUUACGUUCAAGGAUUGGUUAUGGAGAAAAGAGGGCCAGUUUUUGUGACAGCUUUCAGUCCAUUGAUGAUGAUCAUUGUAGCAAUCAUGGGUUCUUUCAUCCUCGCCGAGAAAAUCUUCCUUGGAGGAAUUCUGGGCUCUGUUCUGAUCGUGAUAGGAUUAUACGCCGUACUGUGGGGAAAGUUUAAGGAGUACAAAGAAAAGGAGAUGGAAUUAAAUUCAAUCCUUGAACCGGUUAAAGUGAUUUCAGACGCCGGAAACAGCCAUAUGCUGCCGGCAAUUACUGAAGAAAACGACAUAGAAAUGCAAAAACCGGCGUUGCCGACCGUCGCCGUCAGUACUGGCCCUGUUCCACAAAUAGCCGUGGAAUGUCCAAAACCAUGAUUGAGUUAGGGGGGUGUUUUUUAAUAAUAUAAAGUUGAGGGACUGUAAUGUCAUUAACUGAUAAUCGGAGGGUCUUUUUAAUUUUGGGAUAAUUUCAAUUUUCAAAGAGUAUCAAUGGGGGUGUUUUAGACAUUUUCAAAUUUUGGUUUUUGCCAUAAGGGGCAAGUCUGUCUUUUUUACUUAUUGUAACGUGUUUUCUUGUAAGCCUGAAUAAUGAGAGAAAUUUAAGUUA